AUGGAUCUGAUCCCUGAUCGUCCGCUUCCCCUUGUCAAACCUGACUUAGAGUUACAUCAUUUUGAGAAGAACUCGCUUGAAGUAUUUGAAGGCUUCAGAACUGGGUUUGGAAAAGAGGCUUCUGGUUUUUGGUUAGAUCGAACAGGUUUAACACUGGAUCGAGAAGAGAUAGAACCAAUUGGGUUAGAGCCUGGAUCAUACGUGAAUAGGAUUAGUCAAUUUGGUAGACCUUCACUCUCUUCACUUUCGACAUUGGGUCGUUCUGGAUCGACUAAAGGUCACUCGAUAUUAAAACAAUCAGAGUCGAUAUUAUCAACACCUUCUACACAAUCAGCACUCAAUCAACCCAUAUCAACUUCGUCGUCCCCUAUUUCCGACCAAACAUCAACUAUACUCCCACCUAUUCUUGACCAUCAGCCAACCAAAUCGGACCAACUAUCUUUCACAGUGGGUCAGAACAUUGAGCAAGACAAAAUGAGAUCUAGACCUCAACUCAGACCUCAACGUAGAACGACUAUACCGACUCCCAAUUCCCCUCAACCUCGUCCCAACAUAUCUCGUCGUCCAACCAUUGACAAUGUCAUACAUCCUCAUAACUUGUUCCCUUCGGCACCAAGACGAUCACAAGAAGAAAAAUCUCCGAAGAAUGAGAGACGUAAGAAAGAAGCGAACACUCCUCCUUCCCCUGAAAGUCCAUUGAGAGAUGUGAGAGAGAUUAAACGUUCGUUAUCUUCUUCACCAGAGUCGAACUCAAGUUUGUUGGUUUAUCCCGCAUCUCAUUCGAUACGUAAAAAUGGAUCUCAAUCUGGUGUCGACACUGAUCAGAGAAAUCUCCAUACUCAUCCCUCACAUCUUCAAGCUAUCCACAAUUAUGCUCAUCAACAACCCAACACUCAUCAGUCUAAAGUUUACGAUCACAAUAACACUCACACUCAUCAUACAAGCACUCACAAUCAUUCUGAAACGUAUAAACACCAACAUCACAAUCAUCAUUCCCAACAUGUCAACAAUCAUACUAAACCCAACAAUGUUCAGAAAACAGGUUUCGAUCUUACUCCACUGACUCAACCUCAAUCAUCACAGAACAAACCAACAUUGGAAGAAAAGAAACCUAUGAAAACAAAGAAACGUUCUAAAAUCCCUCCUGUACCAGGUCGCUUUCCUCCUAAUAACAAACAUGGUGAAAAACAAUGUACAAACUGCGCUGAGAUCGAUACCCCUCAAUGGAGAGGAUCAUUAUGUAACGCAUGUGCAUUAUGGAAACGAUCAAGAGGUGAAGAUCGUCCAUUACCAUUACUUUUUCCAAGAAGAAGUCCAUCACUUUCAAUCUCUCCACCAGGUUCACCUAUUUCUCCCACGGCUUCAGGUAUCUCGACGAUAUCCAACGUUGGAAUCAACAGUGUUUCUGACAAUCGUAAUCAUGUUGCUCCUAUUCCUGGUGGGUUGAUGCCUUUUUUCUCAUGCUUAUCAUCUCACAAGACCUGCCGGACAAAAUCCAAGAUAUCCUAUACCUAA